CAAAAAGCAUUGUAAUUUGCACAAGAUGCAAUUUUCCAUGGUGGGAUUGGCGAUGAUAUAAAUUUGUGAUGUGGACCCACUUCCUCUUCACUUGCUGAUUUGUCUCUCCAUUAGUCGGACUGGAUUCUUCUCUUUGGUCGUAAAAAAAAACUCAAAUACUUCAAAAUGUCUAUUGUCGGAAAGUACGAAAUGAUCUCCAGCGACAACUUCGGGGAAUACUUGAAGGCUGUCGGUGUCGGCAUGAUCCAGCGAAACCUCGCGGAGAAGGCCAAGCCCACCGUGGAGAUUAGCGAAAGUGGGGGCAAAUACACCCUCAAGACGCUCACAGCCCUGAAAAAUACGGAAAUUGUGUUCACCCUGGGCCAAGAAUUCGACGAGGAGACGGCCGACGGGCGCAAAUCCAAGUCGACCAUGACCAAGGAGGGCGACAAGUUGGUCCACGUCCAAAAAAUUGGUGACGAGGCGGCCACCACGACCAGAGAAUUUUUCCCCACCGAAAUGAAGGCCGUCUUCUCCGCCAAGGGCGUCGUUGCGACGAGAGUGUACAAAAGAUUGUAGAUUUUUUUGUCCUGUUUUUCAAAAAUUUGUAAAUUGAUCUUUUAAAAAAUGAGGUGAAUAAAGUGUGAAUUUGGAUUUAAAAUAUAA